AUCUGCGGCCCGCCGCAAGUGCUGCUGCCUUGCGACGACCAAGGCAAGGGCACCUGCGACACUGGCGAUGAGAGCGGCCAGCUCCACUGCAACGGGAUCGGAGGAACUCCACCGUCAACAAUCGUCGAAAUGACAUUCGGCACGUCACAAUCCCCGUACCAUUUCUACGAUGUCAGCCUAGUCGACGGGUUUAACGUCCCGGUAUCAAUGUCGCCGGUCGAAGGAGGAGUUGGGUGUGGAGUUGCGCAGUGUGAGGUGAAUCUGAACGUUUGCUGCCCGUCGAAGUUUGAGGUGAAGAGCAAAGGGAAGGUUGUGGGGUGUCAGAGUGCGUGCAUGGCGUUAAAGAGUGAUAAGUAUUGUUGUACAGGGGAGUUUGGGUCGCCGAGUAGUUGUAAGCCUACGUUGUUCUCGCAUUUGUUUAAGGCUAUUUGUCCUCAGGCUUAUAGCUUUGCGUAUGAUGAUUCCUCGAGCUUGAAGAGAUGCAAGGCGAGGAGAUAUCUUAUUACGUUUUGUCCCCCAAAAAAAUGAGCAGGAGGAUACGCGCUUGUAGUUAUAGUAAUGAGAAAUUUGUAUCAUUUUGUGUGCUGAUGUUAGUUGAUGAUCAUUAAGAAAUGUGUAUUCAUGUUAAUGAUGUAAUUUUCCAUAGCACUAAUGUGAAUAUCUACUUGUUAAUGAGAAACU